ACAAAAAGCAAAAGGGAUUUGAUGGUGUUUGUGACGAACGUGUUUUUUCCUGUGCAAAACCCCCCGGAGUAUAAACAGCUGUUCAGAAGAGGUGGCUGCCCUCGGUGGCUGCUGGAUCCUCGUCUGGGCCCUCCUCGAUUAUCUGCUGAUUGGCUACCUUCUGCAGGCUGGAGAUACGAUGUACCAAACAGCACAAUUAUAUACAGCAGCACGAACGAAGCUCGAGAGCCCCCGCAUACAUUUCCGUUCAACCUGUUUCUCCCUCGCCGCAUGUCUUCUCGUUUCGCGCUGAUAAAGCGGGACUUCUUCUGCCAAAAUUCACAAAUUCAAAGCACUAUUCUGUUAGAGGGAGCAAAUGAAGCGGGACUUCUUUUUCGUGGUAUAGGCGAGAGAAACUUCUGGGCCGUUCUAUUGCAAAAAGGAGGAGGUAUUUAUUUGAUUCGCGUAAAGAACGGAGAAAAACAAAUCCUGGGCACUGUCGGGAACUUCAGAGUUCAAGGCGCAGAAGGAGAAGAACCCGUGCGAUACACGAGGCAACAGGAGAACAUGGAGGAGGCGAGGCCUAAGGGAUACGAAGAAUGUACGCAGUCCGAUCCCGAUCCCGAUCCCCCGAUCGCUCGAGAGCCCCCGCAUACAUUUCCGUUCAACCUGUUUCUCCCUCGCCGCAUGUCUUCUCGUUUCGCGCUGAUAAAGCGGGACUUCUUCUGCCAAAAUUCACAAAUUCAAAGCACUAUUCUGUUAGAGGGAGCAAAUGAAGCGGGACUUCUUUUUCGUGGUAUAGGCGAGAGAAACUUCUGGGCCGUUCUAUUGCAAAAAGGAGGAGGUAUUUAUUUGAUUCGCGUAAAGAACGGAGAAAAACAAAUCCUGGGCACUGUCGGGAACUUCAGAGUUCAAGGCGCAGAAGGAGAAGAACCCGUGCGAUACACGAGGCAACAGGAGAACAUGGAGGAGGCGAGGCCUAAGGGAUACGAAGAAUGUACGCAGUCCGAUCCCGAUCCCGAUCCCCCGAUCCCGAUCCCCCGAUCCCGAUCCCGAUCCCGAUCCUGA